AUGCCCGAGCUGUCCAGGACGAUCAUUUUUACCCGAAAGGGUAAUGAAGCCGGGGACCAAGAAAAGGUCCAAGAACUUGCAAACGAGUGGAAAGCACAGGGUAUCAAGGUUGAAGUCAAUCCCGAUGAGAUCACUUUCACUAUACCACCUGGACAGCCUGCAAUAAAGCACUUUCGAGCUACUAUGGAGAAGGAGGGGCUGUGGGAUGAUUGGAAGGAAGGCCGCAAAUAA